AUGGCCGACGACGCUCCUUUUCCCCCAGAGCAAUGGACUGCCCGCCCCUACCUUGGCCCUUACCUACUGCGCAAGCUCGUGUCUGACCUGCCACUGUCCGCCGACGCCGACGCCAGCCAGGUGCACAUAAGCUGUGUGGAAGUCUGGAAUGGCAACCUCUAUGUCGGCACCUCCGCCGCCGAGAUCCUCCACUUCGUGCUCCUGCCCCCGCCAGACUCCGGCCAUGAUGUGUCCGAGGAGCCCACUGCCAUCAUCGCCUCCCGCCUAGAACCUCCACACAACGACGCCACUGGUCCCGGUGUACAGCAGAUCCUCAUCCUUCCCAGAGUCAACAAGGCAUGCGUGCUAUGCAACAACACCCUCUCGAUAUACUCUCUACCUGAACUGAGCCCCGACUCCACCUUCAAGCCGAUAUCAUGUCUCUGGGUGGGGGGCGUGGACCUCAACGAAGACGUCGAGGAGGGAGGCGACGGCGUUGUUGUAGUCAUUGGACUGAAGAAGAGACUGCGACUGGUCCAGAUCUCGGAACAUCACCCCCCCAAGGCCAUCAAGGCAAUCGAAUACGGCGGCUGCUUGCUCUCUGUCCGACGAGACGCUUUCUCCUGUGCCGCCGAUGCUCACUCAUACGCUCUACUCGAUGUCGAGAACCAACAAAAAAUUGGCCUCUUUCCAAUAUCCUCGCUAGACCCAGAUGUGGGCGACGUGGGUGGAGCGGCCGAAAACAUAGCCACCGUGCCCCAGCUUCCAUCGAGAAGUGUGUCUUCUGCCAGUACAGCACCAGCGGCUCACGCAGAUGCUCGUGGCCAUGUUCGAAGCACAAGCUUGAACGUGCUGGGAUUGGGACGGCCGUCGUCUCGAACAGCCAGCCCACAGCCACCGGGACGCAGAUAUGGCUUCGAUGUACCAGAGUCACUCUCUCGAGACAUGUCGCCGGUUCCUGCCAAGGCUUCUGCCCUUGCUACAGAUGAGCCUUCCGAAAGAGCAUCAAGCCGAGUAAGAAGCGAAACUGUCUCUCGAGACAAACCUCUGCCCGCGCCACCGGAAGAGCAUCCGCCACAGAUGGAAGAACCAUCAGCACCGGACCCGCCACCAUUCAUUCCUCUAAAGCCUCUGAUAGCAUCUCCAAAUCCAAAUGAGUUUUUGCUCACUGUCGGCACUACACCAUCUGAGCAAGCUGUAGGUAUGUUUGUCAACCUGGAUGGAGACAUGUGCAGAGGCAGCAUACAGUUCAGCAGUUAUCCAGAUGCUAUUGUCACAGAUGGCUCAGGUAUCGAUCUGUCAGCUUCCAUGCGUCCAGACAUGAACGCUGAGGAGGGUUAUGUGUUAGCCGUUGUCCACGAAGAAGGACCCGAUGGUGUCGUGACAUACCGAGUGGAAGUCCAACGCUGGGACGUUGAUCCUGGCGCUGGCGAUGUUGAAAAAGAAUGGCUUGACUUCAGCGCGUUAGGUCCUAUUGCACAGGCUGAUGCGACUCGAAGUUCCCUCCCUUUGGGUAUGCGCACAGUAGUACAACCUUAUGAUCUCGUCCUGCCGGAGAUCGGGGCAAAAUUGUCAGUACAACGACUGAAUCUCGGGCCAACAUCUGAUGAUGAGGUCAAGGCUGAGACAGCUCAAGCUAAAGCAGACCGUGACUUCACCGAUCGACUGUCGAAGCUGCAAGCUCAAACCGUUAUUUGGGCUGGAGACCAGAUUUGGUGGACAGUGCGCAAUCCAUUGAUGACUCGCCUUGAUUCUCGGAUCGAAGAGGCACAAUACACUGCGACUGGAGACGGUCAGCGUAUUCAGCCCAAUCGAAGCCUCCUCGAACAAGUGUUGGGUGACAUUCGCGGGCAAGAACCUCGCAAUGAAUCAGAGUACCUCAGUCUCAUUUAUAUCCGUCAAAAGGCAUCUCUGAUGCUCUUCAUGGAUGUCGUAUUACGCACCAAGACCAACAUCAUCAUCUUUGAAAGCGAAAAGCGCAUCACAGAGCAGGCGCUCAUUGAGGGCGAGAUUGAUCCACGAGUUGUGUUGAGUCUGCUACCAACACUGAAUACCGAGGUGGUCCAAGGCCCGGAGGGUAUCCAAAUCUCUGGUGGCAUUACGACGCUCGUCGAACAAUUCCUACAGCAAAACGACCUGUCCUCCAUGUCGACCGAUGUCAAUGGCCCUUUUGGCGAUAAUCUGCUUCAAUUUGUCAAAAGAUACCUUCAUUUCUGGAAGAGACGGAAAGGCAUGGCCAGUGUCACAAACGAUCCCUACGUCUUUAGAACUGUAGACGCCGCAUUACUGCAUAUUCUCCUUCUUCUAGAUCAGCGCAGUCCAGCGGGUACAUCUAGCCCCGGCAGCCACAGGGCCGAGCUCAAUGAGCUGGUAGACCGAGAAGUAGAGUGCUUCGAUCGGGCUGUGGAGCUCCUGGAGCAGUUUAAGCGACUGUUCCUGCUCAGUCGUCUUUAUCAGAGCAACUGCAAAGCAUCGCUCAAAGCAGCAAAAGUGCUGGCAACAUGGAAACGCAUCAUUGAGGGCGAGGAGGACACAGGGGGGGAGCUCGUCGAUGGCGAACAGAGAGUCCGAGAAUACCUAGCCAGAAUUCGCGACCAGUCACUCGUCGAAGAAUAUGGUACAUGGCUUGCAAACCGCAACCCGAAGCUCGGUGUCCAGAUCUUUGCCGACGACUCCAGUCGAGUGAAGUUUGAGCCCACGCGCGCCGUCGCACUGCUGCGAGAAAAAGCACCUAGUGCUGUCAAAGAAUACCUCGAGUAUCUCGUCUUUGGCAAAAAGCACACCCAAUACAUCAACGAACUCUUGACCUUCUACCUCACCACCAUCCUCACCGAACUCUCCACCACACCAUCUUCCCGCACCACGCUGCGCGACACAUACUCGACCUACCGCAUCCUCGAGCCCCCCAAGCCAACCUACCAUUCCUUCAUCACCGACAAUGCCUCCCCCGACGAAUGGUGGCAAGCCCGUCUCCGCCUCCUUCAGCUCCUCUCCCAAACCUCCGACUACGACGUACACGCCAUCCUCGAAAAACUCCAACCCUACGAAGCCGACCUCGUCCCCGAAAUGAUCAUCCUCAACGGACGCCAAGGUCGAGACCAAGAAGCGCUGAGACUGCUGACACAUGGUCUGGGCGACUACGACACCGCGCUCUCCUAUUGUCUAUAUGGCUACUCUUCCAUCUUCCAACCCCGAACUCCCUCCCCCACAAAUACAAGCACAAACACAACCCCCUCCCGCACCCACCAAUCCCACCUCUUCACCCACCUCCUCGCCGAAUUCCUCGCCAUCUCCGAUCUCAGCCAGCGCGUCCACCGCACCUCGGAACUCCUCGAGCGCUUUGGCGGCUGGCUCGAUGUCGCUGACGUCUUGGCUGCCUUGCCGGACGACUGGAGUGUCCUUGUCUUUCGCAAUUACCUCGUUGCUAGUCUGAGGCGCCUUGUUAGGGAGAGGGCGGAGAGCCAGGUUGGGCGCGCGCUGUGCGAUGUGCAGAAUUUUGGGGCUGGUUGGGAGUUGGUGUGCGCGAGGGAGGGGGGAGGGAGAGUGGAGAGGGAGAGUGGGGUUGAGGGGGGAUGGGGGGGAUGA